CCUCAUCCCACAGUUGGCAUGGUGAUCAAACUGUCAUUUCCUCAUGUCAUUUGAAAGCUUACGGAAGAGAAGUAUCCCAGAAGGCACCACAGCACAAGCGAAGAAAUCGGUGCAUCAGGAAGAGAAGCCGUGAUGAGUUCUGAACAUCAGAAGUCACAAUGGAGAUGACACUAUUGUCCAUCACGGUGUGGUUCACUCAGUUCCUCAUCAUUCCAGCUCUUUAUUUCAACACACUGCCAACAAACACCACAAGUGACUACACUGAAACCACACAAAUAACUCCAGCGACAACAAAAACGAACCCACAGCCGACGGUCCCUAUAUAUACAACGUCUUUUUCACUUCUGACCGCAUCAACAACGCAGGACACCAUAACAAAUUUACCCAGUGAAGUGCAAACACAGCCAAAUAUAACGGCAGAUGCAACAGCCACACAGGAAACAGCAUCCUUGCAUCAACCAACCAGCAGUACUCCAUCUCAAAAUGUCACGAUGGAUGAUAUAGAGAGUGUAAACAAUGCCAGUAACAUGGCUAUGAGCGAUGCAAAUACAAGUCAUACAACAGUUCCCACUAACUUUGCAAGACUGUCGCCGCGAAAGGAUGACAGUAAUGAAACCGGAACAAGCCCAGGUGUGAGUUACAACUCUGUUCAGAGCACUGUAAACACUUUAUCAGACACUUUAUUGGACCCGGUCGACGGUGUCUCAACCGUUCCCUGGAAAUACUCCACAGAGAAAGAGGAUGAGAGAACGAAAGUCGAUGAAGGAAAUUAUGAAACAAACUCCACCCAGGCCACAUUUGCUAACACGAGAGAGUCGAGAGAAACACGAGGCACUGAGGGAAGUUACACGUCCUCAAGUGAGCAAAGACAGGAACAUUACGACACAGCAGCGAAUACAGUCGAUGUCAGGGAUGCAACAGUGAGUAACAAAUGGUCAACUUCACAAGAUACAGAUUCUCCCAUGACCACAGCAGCACAAGGUUACGCCACGGUUACUGAAUAUCACACCUCAACAGGUGGAGUGAAUCACUCAACGACGCAGGAGAAUAUAAACAGUUUCACAAACUACACAGCAACCACAGGAAGAGAAAACAGGACAGGGACAGACACACCCGGUGGUACCAACAUCUCUAUCGUAACUGACAUCAGCCUAAAUAUAACAAACAACAGUACAAACAAAACUGACACAGAAAACAAAGUGUGGCCUUCAUGUUUGGACACAAAACCUUCUCGGCAAUCCAUGCUGGUCUGUUUCCUCACAUUGUGGACUUUAGCCAUGACCGCCACCAUAUUUCUAGGAAUAAGCAUUUUCCUUUGGGUGCGUCUGUCGGUCUCCAAAAAGAAGAUGAAGCGGAGAGCAAAAGGAGGUCAGGCGUCUGAGAGGGCGAGCCUCUGGGCUGACCCCAAAGCUUCGGUGCAGGACAGAGUGGAGUUCUGGUACAUCAACGGAUCCACGCUGGAGGCCGACAGGAAGGAGAAGAACAGCAGGAGGAUGAAGAGGAGAGGACGGGAACAGGACAAUGAGGAGAACAGCCUGUGGAUUCAGCCUAGAGUGACUGUGGACGACAUAACAGAGUUCUGGUACGCAAACAGACGUGUGAAGCAGGAGAGGACGGAGGACACGUAGUCACAAGUUUUGAAAGGCUCCAAAGGAAAAUGUUUGGACAGUUAUACCUUCAGGCUCCAGUUUUUUCGUAUUUGCCACCCUUUCCAUAUCAAAAUGCUUGCUAGAGAUGUGAAAAGGCAGAAAAUCAAACCUGAUCCAAAUUGUAUUUAUGACGGACAAAGGUUUCAGAGGCAGUGUGUAAAUGUGAUUGACGCAACAUGAGGUCAUAUUUAUUUUGGAACGUGCAAAAAUUUCAGUCAAAAAUUUCUCUGUGCAUUGACCUUGGUGGGAUUUUGAGUCUUUAUCUGAGUUACUAAAAAAGCAGUCUGAAUGCUGUUCACCUUUAACUGUCAGAAGGAUUUGUGUUCAGCUGCACAUAAAAAAACAAACUAACUAAUUUUAGGUUGAUUGUAUUAUUGUAUGUGGAUAGAGCUGACAUUAAAUACUGAAUAAAAUAAAACAAAAAAACCCUGUUGCUGCUAUCACAUGCUUUCUGAUUUUUUUCUAAAUGAAAAAAAUAAAUAGCCUUUUGAAGAUCAUAUUUAGAUUAUUGUGAUAAACUAGUUUCUGAGCUAGGAGGUGGGCAAUAAGCUUUAAACAUGACGGAGAAGAGCACCACUGAUAUAUAGUGACUGUUAAGGUUUAUUUAUUUCCCACAAAACAUUUGCAUUGCUUUCCCAAGAUUUCUACCUGAGAAAUGGGCAAGAAUCAACCAAACGUGAUUCAUAAUUUAUGUUCUUUUUAACAACAAAGCACUUCAACACAACAAACUCGUGAUAACCUCUGAACUGGGAAGUAGGAAAUUUGCAAAGCAUGUAAAGGCAGUCUCAGGUCUGAUUGUGAGGGUCCUGCUAACAGACAGGAAAUUCACAGAUGACGCGAUAAUUUGUGAUUUUGGUCAAAGCAUGGGUACUUAUGAUAGCAAAUAUUUGUUUUUCAGAAUGAGAUGUUUCAGUUCUGUGAAUUGUUUUUAGUUUGAUUUUGUUGUUAUGUUUCAAGUCACCAUUAAAAUGUUCUCUGCGAAGUUCUUUUCAUUUCAUGCAAGUACGCACAUGCACAGCUUGUUUUGGUGUGUAGAUAUAACUCUGUAUACCUUUUUCAGUUUGCUUAACAAACACACACAUUAGACAAUCUAAGAAUGUUCUUCAUCACUAUUCUGUAACAUCAAAGCUCAUCUUAACUUAAAACUGAAGAAGAGUGUACAAUACUUAUAUUAUUUAAUUGUCUAAUAAAUGUAAGUUCGAUGUAAGUUAAUACAUCAUAUUUCCAUAAGUAUAUUUUUAAAAAGUCCAGCAAAAUAACGCUUCUCGGAUAUUAAACAAACUAAAAUAUGUAAACAGUACUUCUUCUUACUUUGGAAAAGUCAAAUGCGGCCCACAUCAAUCAAAUAAAUUUUUAACACAUUGCUGAAAUAUUUCAAACUUUCUAGGUAUUUUCCAAAAAAAUUCCAAACCCUCAAAAAACAAACAUUUGUAUUGUUACACUGUACAUACAUACAUUGAUACAAA